UCACAGUCAGUUUCAUAGAGUGUGGUGUGUUGGUGGCUGUCUCCUCAAAUGACCUAGUGAUAGGUCGGUUGAAUGUGAUCUACAAGGGUCUUCUUAUAUUUUCCGAGUUCAUUUAUAAAAAAUUUUUAACGAAUUGAUCAAUUAAAAAAAAUGUUGCGAACGUUAAUUUUAACUAGAAACCAAAUUGUUAGAGGUAGUGUUAAAAAAUUAAUUAAAAAUCAAAUUGUUCGAGGAUUGAGCUCGGAAUGUGUUAGAAGACGAGGGCAUCAACACAGAACACCACGAUUGACAGAACCACGGUAUCCGACGUUAUGGAAAGAUCAAAUAUAUCGUCGUUAUGCAAAUUAUCCACCUCAUAUUGCAGUGGCACUUCCAGCGUUAUCGCCCACAAUGGAAACUGGAACAAUCGUAUCAUGGGCAAAGAAAGAAGGUGAUAAAUUGAAUGAAGGAGACCUUUUGGCUGAAAUUGAAACAGAUAAGGCAACAAUGGGUUUUGAAACACCUGAAGAAGGGUACUUAGCAAAAAUUCUAUAUCCAUCUGGUUCAAAAGAUGUACAAAUUGGAAAAAUUGUUUGUAUUAUUACAAAUAAUAAAGAUGAUGUAGCAGCAUUUAAAGAUUAUAAAGCUCCGGCUGGAGCAGCUUCAGCGCCUGCAGCUUCUGCACCAGCCGCUGAAGCACCGGCGCCUGCUGCCCCAACUCCUGCAGCCGCACCAAGUGCCCCACCUGCAAACUUACCGGUACACACAACUGUAGCAUUACCGGCUCUAUCACCCACUAUGGAAACUGGAAAUAUUGCUAGUUGGGCAAAAAAAGAAGGUGACAAAUUAAAUGAGGGUGAUUUAUUAGCGGAAAUUGAAACAGAUAAAGCGACAAUGGGCUUUGAAACACCCGAAGAAGGUUAUCUGGCAAAAAUUCUAGUACCAGCAGGUGCAAAAAAUGUAACUGUUGGAAAAUUAGUGUGUAUUAUCGUAUCCGAUCAAGCAGAUAUUGCAGCUUUUAAAGAUUAUACUGAUAGUCCAGCACCGUCACCUUCAGCGCAACCGGCUGCUCCAACUCCGGCCGCUUCAGCACCGUCUCCUUCAUUAUCGGUAUCAAGUCAUACAGGUGACACUGGUGGGCGAGUAUAUGCAAGUCCUAUGGCAAAACGAUUAGCGGAAGUUAGAAAAAUACGAUUACAAGGUAAAGGUUCAGGAAUUUACGGCUCAUUUAAAUCGAGUGAUGUACCUGAAAAGGGUGAAUCUGUUCAAGUAGCAAAAGAAGCAGCAAAAGCAGGAGCACCACCAUCUGUUAAGGCUCCACCACCACCAGCACCUGUACCCGGUGCUUCAUACAUUGAUAUACCAGUGACAAGUAUGCGAGCAACAAUUGCCAAACGUUUAGUUGAAUCCAAACAAUCAAUACCACAUUAUUAUUUAAGUUCGGAAAUCAAUGUUGAGAAACUUAUGGCAUUUAGGGUGGAAAUGAACAAACAAUUGGAAAAGCAAAAGAUUAAACUCAGUGUAAAUGAUUUUAUAAUUAAAGCAGUCGCGGCAACUACACAACGAGUACCAGAAGUAAAUUCCGCUUGGAUGGGAAACGUUAUUCGACAAUACAGAAACGUAGAUGUAAGUGUCGCUGUAUCCACUGAUAAAGGUUUAAUAACUCCAAUUAUUAAAGAUGCUGAUCGUAAAGGCGUAAUAGAAAUAUCGAAAAACAUGAAAGAUUUGGCAACGAAAGCGAGAGAAAAUAAAUUACAACCACAAGAUUUUGUGGGUGGCACCAUUUGUGUAUCGAAUUUAGGAAUGUUUGAUUUAACAUUCUUUAGUGCAAUCAUCAAUCCCCCUCAAUCAGCAAUUUUAGCUGUUGGUGGAGUUGUAAAUAGAGUUAUUGCUGACAAGGAUGGAGGAUUUAAAGAAGCACCGCACAUAAUUGCAACAUUAAGCUGUGAUCAUAGGGUAAUCGACGGUGCCCUAGGUGCAGCAUGGUUGAAAGUAUUAAAACAAAAUCUAUCAGAUCCAGCAGCAAUUUGUCUGUAAAAAUAUUUUUCGGAUUGAUCGAGAAAUUCACUGCCGUUGUGUCGCCCCAAAAUGUUUUUAAAAAACAUCAACAAUGUGAACUUGUUCUAUUAAGAAAAACAUCUUACUCAUCUUUUACAUACUCGAACACCGUCAGUCGUCACCAUAAUAUAUGCUCGUGUUAAAUCUUAGGCUUACAUUGUUGUCUUUUUUUUUUUACUCUUGUUAAGUGACUUCCUCCUUCUUUUAUUUUGUAAAACAUU